AUGGAUAGAAUCAUUGAUAAACGAAAAGCCAAAAAAGAGAAAUAUGAUUCAGUGAAGGAUGUAUUCCACUCGCUAGGCAUUCAAACAAGUCUUCAUGGAAUCCCCAGAAUUCUCUCAUCCAAACACUGGUAUCAACGAGGUCUUUGGUCGUGUCUGGUUCUUGUGACAUUUGGAUUCUUAGUGUUCCAAAUUUAUCAACUCGUUAAAGAAUACACCACAUAUCCUAUUCAAACAAAAGUGUCUAUGAAAAGGGAUACUCUGCGGUUUCCAUCUAUCUCUCUCUGCAUGAAUCCAGUAAAGAACUCAUCGUUACCACUUAUCGAAGGGUCUAAGCUGAAAAAUGUUAUAGACCCUGUACCCAAAGAGAACGAAUUGUCAAAUCCAAAUAAUAUUCUCAAUGAAGACAUAACAAUCUAUCACAAAUCACUAUACGAAUUUGGAGAUUAUAUGGAGGAUCAAAGGGCGUGGGAGGACGAUGAAUGGAGCAAAAAGAUGGAGAGGUUUGAAUUUCUCUUCCAAAACCAAUCAAAGGAAACACGGAGAGAAUUAGGACAUUCUAUUCAAAACAUGCUAAUAACCUGUUCCUUCAAUGGAAAGAAAUGCUCGGCAGAUAACUUUACUCUGUUUCAAACUAUGGAGUAUGGAAACUGUUACACUCUAUCAAGCGACAUGUUCAUAACAAGAAAAACAGGUCCCACGAAUGGCCUGCAAUUGAUAUUACAAGUGGAGAAAUUUGAGUUAUUAAAUACUUUAGUUGAUGGAUCCGGUUUCCGACUUGUUAUUCAUGAACCUGGAACCUUCCCAUUUCCACAGGAUGAAGGUUACACGAUCAGUGCGGGAUAUGAAACAACUAUUGGAAUGAGAAUCGUACGUGUGAUGCGUGCAGAACCACCAUAUGGUAUCUGUGAUUCAGGAGAUGUCUUCUUUAAGACGUACGGAUUUCGCUAUUCUUUGCAGGCGUGUCUACAAAUCUGCAGAAAUAGGAAAGUUGUCGAAAUAUGUAAAUGUCGACCAUCCGAAUAUAUGGACAUCAAAUUCAUGGAUAAAUUUAACACCAUUCCUGUUUGUUCUUCUAGUAUUUUUAAAGACAACUUCUUAAAGGUUGUAGUAUAUUAUGAAGAUAUGAACUAUGAGGAAAUUUCAGAGGAACCGUCAUAUGACAGUUUUCGAUUUUUGUCGGAUUUAGGUGGAGCUAUGGGCCUUUUCUUAGGCGCCUCUCUUUUGAGUUUUAUCGAAUUGGUGCAACUGAUGGUUGAACUUUUCAAUUAUCAACGUCACAAAUGUCGUACACGAAAAAUAAAAGUAACGGACAAGAGUCCGAAUAUUAUCGUAAAACCGACCGAAGACACGACCAUAAUAAACAACAUAUUCACAGUUGCUAAGACAAAGAAUGAAAUUGUAAAUGUAUAA